UGUGUGUACAUAUACAUAUUAUUUUUAUUUUUCUGGUGGUAUUAUGAUACUUGUCACACAACAGCCCAUCACCUUCACUACGUGUCCAAAAAUAUAUUCAAUUAUUCAUGCAUGUAUAUUUAGCCUACACACACACACACACACAAAACACACAGACAAUAGCUUGAAUUUUUUAAGGUAUGGCGUCUAAUUCAAAGGUUGUCUUCGGUUUCCUCUUGCUGCUGGUUCUACUCCUCACCCCUCAAGAUGAGGAUGAGGUGUGGGGGAGUAGUAAGAUGACGAUAGUAAAAGUGGAGGCGAGAAUGUGCGAGACGCAGAGCCACGGUUUCAAGGGGCAGUGCUGGAGCGAACACAACUGCCGCCUCGUCUGCGCCCACGAGGGCUUCCGCGGCGGCAAGUGCCGCGGCUUCCGCAAGCGCUGCUUCUGCACCAGGCCUUGCCAUUAAUUAAUUUUAUC